CAACUGUCAUAACUGUCAGUUGUUCUGUUUUGUUCGGUUCGUCUUUUCCAUUGUCCUAGUAUCAAUAUUUUGCAUACACCCAUAAAUCCUAGACGAAUUUGAUGGCAUCUAAUUGUGAUUGAUUGUUGAAACUGCCCGAAACUCGGUAUCGGCACAUUUAUCGACAUUCCAACAUUAUUUAUCAACAAUGGGAGACGAAAAACAACCACUUCUCGCUACAGAGAACACCACUUACAAUGGGGACGCAACGGGACAGCAAGCUACUGUUUCUCCCAUUGGCCCGGAUGAGCUUCCACCGCCGUUUUAUCAACCCUCAGAAGGCGGGGGAGGGGUACCCAUGGUCACGUGUCGCGUAUGUCAAGCCAUGAUUGAUAUAUCGGGAAAACGUGAUCAGCAUGUUGUUAAAUGUGCCCAGUGCAAUGAGGCGACGCCCAUAAGGAAUGCUCCUCCGGGUAAGAAGUACGUUCGGUGCCCCUGCAACUGUCUGCUGAUCUGCAAGAGUUCUUCGCAGAGGAUCGCCUGUCCUCGUCCGAACUGCAAGAGGAUCAUUAAUCUGGCCCCCAGUCCCGUAACGCCUCCCGUGCCUACCAUGCCCGGCAUGUGCAGGGUGACUUGCGGGCAUUGCCACGACACUUUCUUGUUCAACACACUAAACAAUGCCCUGGCACGCUGCCCCCACUGUCGUAAAGUCUCCUCCGUUGGUCCGGACUACGCCCGAAGCAGGGGCAACAUAUUUCUCAUUCUGUCGAUAGUUUUCUUGUGUAUCGGCAUCGGCAUAACGGCGGGGACGUACGCUUACGCCAAGUCCCACAACGGCAUCUACGUAGCUUAUGUGGGGGCCUUCCUCCUGACGAUUAUAAUGCUGAUACGCAGCAUCUACUACUACUUCAUGAAGGUGAGCAUCAUCGAGGGACCGAUGUAAUUCGAUUAGGCGAGGCGUAGGAUUUCGAAGAGGUUAAGGGUGUGAAUACUGGGCAAGUCAUAAUGAGGGAGCCGUGAUCAUGUAUAGGAAUUCACUUAGUUCCACGAUAUUCUACCAAGUAGACCUAAAUAAAGGUAAGACUAGUAGUUCGUAUUUCCUAGUUUGUUGAUCUCAUUUGGCUCGCCCUGUAGAUCAACACCAUCGAGUCAUUGAAACAUAAAAUAUAGAUAUAUAUGAAGCUAUCUUUUUUUGUCUUAUAUGUAUAUUCGACUUUGUUAGAUAUAGGAAAACAAAGUUGAUGCGAUUCGGUCUAGUUGAAUUUAUUCUCACAUAGGUCAGUGUGCUGAUUACCUAAAACAUUUUGUGGGAGCAUGGAAUGUUGCUAAUUGAUUGACCCUUACAUUUUUUCCGUGUCUGAAUGUUCGAACUGAAGAGGCCAAUUUUGUUCUUCUUCUUUUGUCUCUUUUGACCUCAGCUCGUAGGGCUAUCAGUCGAAAGUUUUUGAUCGGGGAGAGUUACUGCAGCUGUCAAGUUAUUUUGUUAGAUACAAUUGAUCAGCACAUUUGCACGUGUUUGUUGAUAUGGUGCAAAGUUUAUCUGAGCAUUGCCUGUUUGAAUUCAACUAUACCCGAUCGCACUUGUAGAUACCUAAUGUUGACUGCGUUGAGAAAAAAAUUAAGUGAUUAAAUGGAAGUUAUGUUUGCCUCGAUAAUAUUGUCUUGAUGUUAUAAUAGAGUCUGUAAGAAUAUUCUUUAUCUGCAUAAGGUAAGGUACUGGUAACGAACAAACAGGUAAAUAAAACGAUCGUUAAUUUUAUGGAAAAUUAAUGUUUGAAUAUUUUUUCAAUGGAAUGGUAGUAUGGAAAUUUUUGGCAUCAUCCGAAAGUACAUAUUUUCCAAAAUAAUUUGUUUCAAAACUUUCAUGUAAAUAUUCAGGGUUGGAAUUUAUAAAAGUUUUUGUAUGACAGUAUCAAAUUGUAUAUUGUUUUUGAAGGGUAACGUUCCCAAAUGUCUGGUCAAAGUCAUUUUUGUAAAUGUAAAUGAUAAUGACUCCUGUUUGUUCGUUGCUUCUCUUACCUUUUAAUCCACUAUAGUUUUAAAUGAUUUAUUGGCAAUUUAAAGUUACUCAUCUCUUCAUUCAGUUGUUCAAAUAAUAUUCUCUUCCCUUAUAUCUUUUGUGAUUUAAUUAGUAGAUUUAUGUAAUUGUGUACACUCCAUCAGGCGCUAUGAUAUAUGUUUACAGAUAGUAAGUGAUACUUUUGACCAUAAGCCAUUUUUAGUAACUUUUUAGUCGAUUUGUUUGAAAUGGCGAGAUUGUACGAGAUGUACGAAUCUUAGCUUGCUCGAAGUCGUAUUCUCUUAACGAAAUGAUGUGGCGCUGCUUCUUUUAAUUAAUCUCUAUAAAAUUUUGAUUUAUCGCUCCACAAAAGAAUGUCAUUUCUUUAUCAGAAUAGGCUACUUCUGAUCAAUAAUAUGAACAUUUCUAUUAUAGACUGUAUAAAAGGGUGAUAAAUAAUUUUUUUUAUAAAUUGA